CGGUUCGAGGCGGCGCAUGCUCUGAGAGGCCGUGGUGUUUUUCCUCGUCGCCUCUCCUUAGCUACGCAACCGGGGCCUCUCCGGGACGCGGGAGGCGAUAGCCGGCGGACCCCGUAUACAUGGCCCAGCGGCCGGCCCGUGGGAAGCCGGGCGCUGCCGAGACCUUGGGGAAAUGGAGCCCGCGGGGAAUUCCCGAAGGCGUAGGCCCGGGAGGCGGUCUGCGCCUGCGCAGAUCCGCGGCGGGGAUAGCGAUGCGCGCGCAGCCCCGGCCUCCGAAGUAGCAACGAACAGCCCGUCCAGAGUCAUCCGUUUCUGCCCAGCGUGCCGGGGGGAGGUAAAGCCAACUUUCCACUUCUGCCCAUACUGCGGAGACCUCUUGCCAGAUAAGGAUGCGCCGGGGGACGGAAGCUCUCUGGAGGAGCAUGGGACCACAGGAAAAGUCCCCCAGAAGAGAGAGGCCCACCAAGGCCAAGAGGUCCAGAGGAAAAAAAGAAAGUGGCCCCUGCCCCAGACCUCGCCUCCCUCAUCCGCCACCAGAUCCCAGGAGAUCGCCGAGGAGGAAGCAGCGUGCAGCUCCCUGGGGAAGGCCAAAGGCCAGGACCCCCGCCAGAGACAGAAGCCCGUCAAAGCUCUGUGUCCGGAGUCCUUGGGGACGUGCGAGGUCCUGACAGACAAGGAUGGCCGGUGCUGGAGGCUGGGGGCGCUGGUGUGCAGCAGCCAGAACGGGAUGCUUUACGAAGCUGUGUCAGCCUCUGAACCCAGCCUUGCGAAGCAAAGAUUUUCCCUCAAACUAGUGAGUUGUGACGUGGGCCCCAGAAUGUUGCCCAGCUGGGCCCAGCCCCUGGGACAGAGGGCGGCCUCUGGCCCGGGGAGCAGCACCCACUGGGGGUCCUGGAGGCUGCAGAGAGCCGGCCAGACCUCCAAGGCGGCCCCCACCGAGCCUCCCAGCCUGGAUGGGCGUCUUGCAGCCUUGACCUCAGAGGUGGAGCAGCACUCUGCCUGUCAUUCGGUGCUGGCCUUUAGGUUCUUGGAGAGAGCCAGCAGGCCCUUCACCCCGAGCCUGCUCUUCUCCAGACUAGGCGUCCCAAGGUUCCUCAGCUGGUCCUUCUGUGGCAGGGUCCCCAGCCUGGAGCCUCUUGGCUGGCCUGCCUGUUCUGAUCCCUGCCCCUCCUCCGCCCCAGAUGAACUCAGCGGGCUGGGGUCUGCCCGGGGCCCAGUGGCUUCCCAGGAGCGGAUCCCUGCUAGUCCCCGAACAGUGGCGCUGGGGGCUGCUAGCCAGCUGCCGCACAAUAGGCGGGAAAGGGGAGAGCACCGAGACGUCCCCAGUGAAAUCGGGGCGGCUUUCCAGAUUGCUCCCAGGGAGCUUGUGGAAGGCCGGCCGGCGCAGCUGAGGGGGUGUGAGCCUCUGCUGGCAUGGCCCCGUGGCCCAGCAGGGUGGACGCCUCCUACACUCUGGUCCUCGGGGCUCCCCUCGGGAGCCCCCACGCUCUGCGAGUCUUUGAACCCUGUCCGAAAGAAAACAAGGUUGAAAGACUCCCGAUGGAGAGAGAACUGGGAGUCCGAAUGCGGGGGAAGUGCGCUGUCCGCUCUCCUUUUCCUUCGCUGUUUCAUUCCAUUGCUUUGCUCUCGGGGUCCUCCCUCAGCUCUAACCCUUCUUUACGUCGUGACUAGUGGAGAGCCCGUAUCAGACUGCACGCCGUCUUGGACACAUUUUGAAAAAAGAGAGCACGGUUGGUCUGCCGUGCUUCUAGGCCGAGCUUUGGGAUCCCUUAGUGACCUCCUCUACCCCCCUUCCCGUCCAGCCAUCCAGCAGGACAGCCUGGAAGCUUUCCGUCGAUCCGAGCGAGGCGCCUUUGCUCAUCAUUUUAAGGAUCUCAUCUUCUUCCCUUUCUUGAGAGUUGGGGCGUUUGUGCUUCCUCUGCUGCUCGUUGUGUUCUCCUCCGCCUUCUGCGGUCUCUCAAAGGUUUCUGACGAUCCCUCCCGCCGGAGCGACAUGCAGGCCCUCGGCUAUUGUCUUCUGAAGUGGCUGUACGGGGCCCUGCCAUGGACCGGUCAGCUUCCUGAUGCCCAGGCGGUCAUGAGGCAGAAGGAGAGGUUCCUCCACAAUGCGGCUGAGCUCAUGAGGCAGUCUUGUGGCCAAAGAAAGCCCCCAGAAGCUCUAGAGGCCUACCUGAACAGAGCGAUGGCUCUCCAGUAUGAAGAGAAGCCCAACUACAGAAUGCUGCAGACGGUCUUGAUGUCGGCUCUCGAAAACCACCGCAUUAAACCGUACGACUCCAUCAGCUUCUAGACUGUCCCAUGGAUUUAUCCACUUCCCUGUGUGAUUAUGCCGCCGGUCUGAAUGGCCGUUUGACGCUGUCCUGGACACGUAGCCAGAGUGGAGUGGCCUGCACCUCCUGCGCAGCUGAUCUCUUUAAGAGACAAAUAGAAAUUCUCUCAGAAAGCUUGUGUCUUAAGUCUUAGAUAAUGUGAAAACCCAGUUACCUCCCGUCAGACCGCGUGGCCAAACCCGGCCCCGAAGUCGCACCAGAAUUUCCCCCACAAGCAGUUACGCAGAUUCGUGCAGAAGACCGGGAAUCGUUAGGCGCUCACCAGCCACCAAGGACCCCUGAGCUUAUCGUGGCGUAGCCAAUCAGGAGGAAUCGCGUCCUGUUCAGACAAAACCAGGAAAGGACUUUGGAGAUGGAGUCCCAGAGAUGGGCAGGAACGUGCUCACAGCCACCGCGGCAAACCGCUUACCGUGCUUGCUGCACUGUGAUAGUAGGAUGGCUCCCCGGGGCCGAGUGACCCCAAGAUUUCUGUGAAGUUUUUAAAGCUCUUUGGUCAGUACUUUAUAUUUUUUCUUAGAGUAUUUUCUUAGAAGAUAUUCGAGCUGAGAGGGAGCUCGCUCAGCCGUUUCAGUCACGUCCGACUCUGUAUGACCCCAUUCUGGGUUUUCUCGGCAAAGAUACUGGAGUGAUUUGCUAUUUCC